AUGCAAAUUAGCAAUGAAAUAACAACAAUAAAAAACACUCAGCAACCCUUGUUUCAAAUUAAAUCAAAUUUUUUCAGUGCAGUUGUUGCUAUAAUUUGGUCACAACUGUUGUUCCACUGUCUUUCCCAGAUCUGUGUGUUUCGGCUGCAGACUCAUCAGUGGUGCUUCCUGUUAUGUAACGUCAUCUUGUUUCACGCGCUGCUGUUUGGGGGUGACAUAGUCGAAGAGUUUCUCUUGCAGUCUUCUCCUGCCGCCUACACUGAUCGCGUUGUCCUCGAGGUCCGGGAGCGUGCGCGCAAACUGGACCUGACUGAGACCAGGGUCAACACCUCGCAGCUCUAUCCCAUUAACACCGAACCCUGCCUUCAUCACCAGGACCUCCUUAUCCUCACGGUGGUCCUGAGUUCUCCUGGUAACAUGAGCCAGAGGGAGGCGGUCCGAAACUCCUGGGCCAAUCAGACUUCGGUGCACCGUGUUGCCGUGCGGACGUUGUUUUUCACAGGCCCUUCCCCUUUAGGGGCGGAGCAAGAGAUGAUAAGGGAGGAAUCGGCACGGUAUGGUGACAUUGUGCAGUUCGAGGGAGGCGUUUCAAGGGGAGACUGGCAGAGGGGACACUGGGAGCAAGUUAAAAUGGCGCUUCGCUGGAUCCUACUUUUUUGCCCACAAGCCCGAUUUAUCAUUCUUUCUGAGGAUUCUGUGUAUUUAAACCUUCCUGCACUUACAACAUACCUGCUGGGACUGAGAACACAUCCGGAUGACCUUUACCUGGGCAGGGUCAUCCAUCGGGCUGCACCUGAGAGAAAUCCCGACAAACCGUAUUACUUGCCCUAUCAGUUGUAUCCUGAUAAAUACCUUCCAGACUACUGCUCUGGCCCGGCCUUCCUUCUAUCUCAAGACGUCGUGAGAAAAGUUUAUGUCGCUGCGGAGGACGUAUUGCUGCCCCUCCCCUCCGAUGUUCUGAUUGGCCUGUGUGCAAAACGGGCAGGUGUGGUGGCCACUCACAGCGCUCGAUUUUCCGGUGACCGGCACAUUCGCUAUAACCCCUGCUGCUAUGACUUCCUAUUCAGCUCGGCAGGAAUGGGGGUGGGACUGAUGGGCGUGGCUUGGCAGGAUUUAGGGGCGGGGAAGGGGAGGGGCUGUGGCAUGCUGGAGACAUAUUAUAGCUUGGUAGUGUGCAAAGCAAUGACCUACCUGGAUAAACUCUCCUUUCUGAAUAACGACAACACCCAGGGCUAGAACGGAUGGGGAAAGUUUAUGUGUGUCUCUUAGAUGUAUAAAUUAUUGUAAAUAUUUAAUUUACCAAAUAUAUAAAACAUUUCGCAAAGUAUUCAAAUUAAUCUGUACCAUUAUUUAGGACUCUAAGAGGCUUUAAAGUCGACAUGAAAUCAAAAGUUUAUUCCUCAUUGCAGAAGGAAAUUGCAUUGCGAACACAAUUUCACCUCGACUCUAAUGAUUCUGAGUUCAUCUGUGUCAUACGUACAACAGUGUUAGAAGAUAAAAAGUGAGAGUGAAUUAUUUAUUGCUUUGGUAACAGAGAAUGUAAGGGGUUUCAUAAAUUAUUAAAAUAAAUUAGCAUAUUAUAUAUAAAUGAUACACUCUCUUAUCUCUCUUACUGAAUAUAAUCACAAAUGAAUGCCAAAGAUGAGAUAAUGUUUCAGUGAAUAUACAUUAAAAUGUUAAUUUUGUUCUUAUUUGAAUUGUGCAUAUACUGUCUCAUUAGGCAUUUAAAAGAGUCUGUUUGGCCCUCUACUUUUAAGAUGGGUGAACUGCAUUACAAUCCUAAUCAAUAAAACACUGUACACAUAACAAAUCAGCAUCUACGUUUUGUUCACACCAUCUAUACCAGCUUCAACCAGCCUGCUUGGACCAGCCAGAAACCAUGUAAA